AUGUCUGACGUCGACGCACUUGCUGACUCCGUGGCUGCGACCACUCUGACCAAUAAGCCCGACACCAACGGUGCUACCCCUUCUACCCAGGCUGCCGAUGCCGCGGCUGCCAGUGCAGAUGAGGGUCGUCGUCUUUACAUCGGGAAUCUCGCAUACGCGACCACUGAGGAGGAGCUCAAGGAGUUCUUCAAGACCUACACCAUCGAGACCACCUCGAUCCCGGUGAACCCCCGCACCAACCGUCCCGUUGGCUACGCAUUUGUGGAUAUUGCUACUGCCGCUGAAGCUUCUGCCGCUAUCGAGGCCCUCUCUGGCAAAGAGAUUCUUCAGCGCAAGGUGUCCGUGCAGCUUGCCCGCAAGCCCGAGCCCGCCGAGGCCAAGGAAGGUGCUGUCAGUGGCGGUGAGGGUGCCAGUGGCGCCGAGGGUCGCAAGCGUGCUGGUGGUCGCGGCCGUGGCCGUGGCCGUGCCCGCGGUCGUGGUGGCCGUACCGGCCGUAGCCGUGCUGUAUGUGCCCAAACUCUUUCUUUGCUCGAAUCGACCCACAUCGACACUCUGAAAUGGAUGCUGACAUUGAGAAAGGCCCAGGAUGGCCAGGAAACUACUGAGGCCCCUGUCAGCGAGACCCCCCUUGCUGACACCACAAACGAGAAGGAUACUGCCUCAAAGACCGGCGAGGCGCGCGCCGGCGCCGCACGCCCCCAGAAGCAGCGCGGUCCUCCCGAGGAUGGCAUUCCAUCUAAGACUAAGGUCAUGGUUGCCAAUCUGCCGUACGACUUGACUGAGGACAAGCUCAAGGAGAUCUUCGCCGCCUACGAGCCUGUCUCUGCUAAGGUCGCCUUGCGUCCGAUCCCCCGCUUCAUGAUUAAGAAGUUGCAGGCUCGCAACGAGCGCCGCAAGACCCGUGGCUUUGGCUUCGUGAACCUAGCCUCAGAAGAGCUCCAGGCCAAGGCCGUCAGCGAGAUGAACGGCAAGGAUAUUGAUGGUCGCGUCAUCGCUGUGAAGGUUGCCAUCGACAGCCCCGGUAAGGAAGAUGACGAUAUCAACGCUGUAGCCGAGGCCGAGGAGACUGCUACUCCUGCCUCUGCUCCUGAUGCUGCUCCUGCUCAGGAGAACGCUGCUCCUGCCGCCACUACUAAGGCUUAA